ACCAACAAAACUAGAAGUAGAGGAAAACAAAAAAGUUACACAUAUAUUCAGCGAAAGUGUGUGUCCAAAUGGAAGAGGGGAAAGGAAGAGUGUGUGUAACUGGAGGUACAGGGUUUAUUGGUUCGUGGAUCAUCAAGAGACUCCUUGAAGAUGGUUACACUGUUAAUACCACCAUUAGAUCUGAUCCUGAGCGGAAGAAAGAUGUUAGCUUCCUCACGAAUCUCCCAGGUGCAUCUCAAAAGCUACACUUUUUCAACGCUGAUCUAAGCAACCCAGAGAGUUUCAGUGCAGCAAUUGAAGGGUGCAUUGGGGUGUUCCACACAGCCACUCCAAUUGAUUUUGAAGCAAACGAACCUGAGGAAGUAGUGACCAAAAGAACCAUUGACGGGGCAUUAGGAAUUUUAAAAGCAUGCUUGAAUUCAAAAACUGUGAAGAGAGUUGUUUACACUUCUAGUGCUUCUACUGUUUAUUGGCAGGACAAAGAAGAGGAUGUAAUGGAUGAGAGUUAUUGGAGUGAUGUGAAUAUUCUUAGAGCCUUGAAGCCAUUUGCUUGGUCUUAUUCGAUUUCUAAGACAUUGGCUGAGAAGGCUGUUCUUGAAUUCGGAGAACAACAUGGGUUGGAUGUUGUGACUCUAAUACCAACUUUUGUUGUCGGACCCUUUAUUUGUCCAAAGCUUCCUGGCUCAGUUUAUAGUUCACUGGCUCUUCUGUUUGGUGAGAAGAAUCCAUUUGGGACACGUAUCCAUAUGGUGCAUGUUGAUGAUGUGGCUCGAGCACAUAUAUUCCUGCUUGAGCAUCCUAAUCCAAAAGGAAGAUAUAAUUGCUCACCAUUCAUUGUAACUAUUGAACAAAUAGCAGAAAUUUUUUCUACCAAACACCCAGAAUUUCAAAUACCAUCGUUAGACGAGCUGAAGAAAAUUAAUGCUCCCAAGCUUCCACACUUGAUCUCGAACAAACUUAUGGAUGCUGGAUUCAAGUUCAAGUAUAGCCUUGAGGAAAUGUUUGAGGAUGCAAUUCAAUGCUGUAAGGAAAAGGGUUAUCUAUGAAGAAUGAUGUUAACAGGAAGAUUAUAGCGAUUAUAGUAAAUAAUAUCCUGCAUGAUGCAAGCCGAAGUAUUUAUUUGUAAUAAACACUUAGGUGUAUUCCUGCAAAUAUUGGCAAAAUAAUUCAAUCAAAUACUUAAUAUAUUUUUCUUUUUCAAAUUGG